AUACUUGUCAGUUAAGAUGCUCAGUAACUGAAAACAGAUUUCCAAAAUUUCUUUUUCGAUUUUAUUUCGGCUAUCAAAAAUUUAACACACACAGAUGGCGUCCAGCGCCCGUGAUAAUAAGAAAGCCAAGAAGGUUAUUACAAUCGCUUCAAAGGCCGAUUUCGAUAAGACUAUCGCAGAGGCUGGGAAUAAGCAUAUUCUGGUUGAAUUCUUUGCGACAUGGUGUGGUCCAUGUGCGAUAAUUGGACCACAUCUGGAGCAGAUGGCCACCGAGUAUGAAGACUGCCUGCUUGUGCUCAAGAUCGAUGUCGAUGAUAACGAGGAACUAGCGGAGCAAUACGAUGUCAAUAGCAUGCCCUCGUUUGUGAUCAUCAAAGAUAAAGUCACGCUGGAGCAGUUUGCGGGCAGCAAUGCCGAAAAAGUCCAGACAACUUUGCAAAAAUUCUGCGGCAAGCCGGACCAACGAAAAUCCGCACUUCCCGGCCCUAGUGUUAAACCCGCUGAAGCUAAACCCCCUGCGAAAAUCAUGUCUUUGCUCAAAACCGUUACGCCACCCAUUCUAAAACCGUCAAAGUCAGGUGAUAAAAAGUAACAUUGCAAAGACGUCUAGGCUCUAAGCCUCUUAAUAGAUUGAACGAAAAUCGAAUGAUAGCGAAAUUUAAACACUCAUUGAAAAUAUACUCUGUGUAUUUGUAUUUACCAAUCUUGACUCUUAAGCCGAAAUAAAGAAAAUUGUGUAAAGUA